AUGGGGGUGCCAGCGAGACCCCGCCCAAGUCGCAGGCGGGUCAAUGCUCUUCUCUACGUGACCGAGAAGAUCGGGCCUGAAGUCCUCCCAUACCUCCUCCAGAACCCCGACCUGAACCUUCGCGUUAUUUCCGAAUGCUCCAAAGCCGAGUUCCAGCAGUACAUGGAUCCAAGUGUUGACUUGGAGGACGUGCAUUGGAUUGAGAACCGACCGCAAGACCCAUACCGCAACCAAGUCAUGAUGCAGGGACACCGUCUCUCCCGAUGGGCCGAUCUCUUAUUCAUCGUCAUGGAUGCCGGAAUGAUCUCCCUCAUGCUCAGCGGCUUUACCACAGAUGUCAUUCUGCACGUGCUCAGGUGCUGGGACGUCUCAAAGAGGAUAGCACUAUUGCCUGAGAUGAGUGUGGACCAGUGGAAACACCCUACCUGGAAGAGGCAGUUGAACAAACUUCAACGGAAAUGGGACUGGGUGCAUGUGCUUUCUCCCGCACUGUGGGACUACGCCGAGGACCCCGUUGAUUUUACCACGCCGGGCCCGAAUCCUCUCGGACACGACAGUGAACCUGAAAUUGAAUGGCAGUGGGAUGGCCCGGGAGACAUCAUUGAAGAGGUGGAAAGCGAGGCACAAGCGGUGCUGCGAUCAACCCAACUCAAGACGAAUUCAUCCAUGUCACAUCUUCCCAUUCACAAGUCGGCCUCCUCUAAACCAUCACUGCCGAGUGAGAUUUGGACUAUGAUACUUGACUACCUGGGAGAUUGGGAACUGGCUACCGCACUGGGCAUCUAUACACAUCUCUCCGUCCCGCACGAAUGGGAGUCUCUAGUCCCCAAGCCAGGCUCCAAAGCACGUUCACUAGAGUACACUAUCCUCACCCAACCCCUCGCUCUGAUCCAGAAAUACUUCGCAAACACUUCCUCCAACCCGCCAACAACGCUUUCCCCGAUCGCAACGCGCCUCAUCUUCCGCUUCUCCAUGACCGACCUCUUGACGUACCUGGCCCUGCAACAAAAAGACAUCUUCUGGACUUCCUUCGGCCUCGCCCUUCUCCCCCACAAAGCCUCCCUGAUCUACAACUCCCCCACAAUCCUACAAUGGUGGAAAGACUGCCCGGCCGUCAUCAAGAAAGAAUACGGUCCCGAAGCCAUGGACGGCGCCUCUCGAGCCGGCUUCGUCGAAGUCUUGGACUGGUGGCUCAACUCGGGCCUCAAACUGACAUACACGGAGAAAGCACUUGAGUCCGCCAGCGCCAAGGGCCACGUCGAGGUUCUCGAGUGGUGGCGCAUCAACUCGCAAAAGCUCGCCGGCACAGACCGCGAGAUCCAUCUCAAAGUCGGCAAAUCGAUCCUCCUAGCAGCGCAGAGCGGGCGCACCAAUAGCAUCGAAUGGUGGGAGACAAGCGGCAUCCCGUACGCGCAUGAAGACGGCGUGGCUCGCCUCGCGUCCCAGCACGGCCAUGUCCCCGUGUUGGAAAUGUGGUUCGGCUUCAAAGGCAACAAGAUGAUCUUUGAUAACCAGGUCCUCGUCGGCGCGACGAAGAAUGGUCACGCCGGUGUUUUGCAAUGGUGGAAGGAGAUGUCCAGGAAGAGCGGCCUACGGGUCGAGUACAAGACGUGCGAUAUUGAAGAGGCCAUGGAGGAUGCCGUCGGCGGUGGAGGUGAGGGAGAGGUGAGAGAAUGGUGGGGCCGGAAUGGCUUGAAUUUGGGCGUGGGUACAGGGGAAUGGAUGAGGGUGAAGACAUUGUAA